GCCAACAUCUUGGUCUUGGUCCGGAAUCCGAAAAAUGACAUCAGGAGUGACAUCAGGUUGUUGAAAAUGGAAAGUACCAUCUUGCAAUGCCCAACACCAAACAUAUACCUGUCUAGCUUGGGUAGUAAAAGUACAGUUACAUGGCUGGGUAGUGGGAUCGGUGACGGUGUCCAGCCAGGGCCGGAUACAUCUUUUUUACCUCGCUCCCAACUAAAUACGUCGUCACACCCCCGUUCCAUCCCAUUCUCACAGAUAUCAUAUUGUAUAGACACUCCUAAAAAGUCCAAUUUCUCUCCAUAAUCUCUCUGACUCCGCCAUCUCGAUUCAACUAGAAUAUCCAUUCACUGUCUCUACAAAAGAGUUGCUGCCAACCCAAUAAACCUGUGAGAGGCGCCAUCAGCCCCAUUGAAAUAGGCAGCUCUACUCGAAUCGUCUACGAUAUCACAUAUUGAGUUCAGCACUCCGAUCAGCUUCUACUAUCAGGAGAGCUGCAAAUAUGGGUAGUACAUCUGAAGAUAAAGACUGGGCAUCGAGGUAUCUCCUUGACCCUCUCACGGCUCCAGAGCCCAGCCAACUCACGGGUCCUGGGACUCACUUUGGGUCCACGUUAGACAAGAAGCUCACGCCAACUCCUCCGGCCUCUACGAGGUCAUCUCAGUCAAAGUUGUCGUCGAGGAACCCAUUUCGUGGUACCCAACCCCUCAUAGACGUCACCCAGAAACCGCAGGGAGGUCAGGGGCUCAACGACAAACCACUCCCGAGGGGGCCUCCAAGACAACGCCACGGCUCCCUGAGCCAGAGGUAUCCAGGAGAUGUGUCCCACCGACCUCUGGAUGUGAUUAGGAAACAGAAUAAGUUGGCCAGUCAAGCGCCACAUCUGAAGAAAAAGCAUCUCCCUCAAGCAGACCUUAUCGAUAGCUUGGAUGCUUCCAUGGACCAGCUCUAUCAUCAUGAGGGGCCUUACGAUGCAACUCUCCUCGCAAGGAACACGAGCAAGUACCAGAGUCCUAUCGACGCAGUUCGUGCAUCAAAUGCAGAGGCAUUGAAAGCUACUCCCCAGGAGAACAUCCAAGAUGCGCUUAGCAGGCACGUUCCAUUGCAGGGGGUUGGCAUUGUGCCUGCUGGGGGACGACUCGCUUCUGGGCAGGUCAUGGACUACACCGAGGGUGACGACUUGAUGAGGGACUCUGACGCACCCGGCGGGGCUUAUAAAAGAUGGGACGGAGUAAAGUACUUACCAGAAGAUUAUAAAGGAAAGGGCGAGCCGUCAUUUUCUGCCGACGCAGCACGGGACAAGAGGCGUGGGCAUAGGAGGAUUGCCUCGGAGGACAACUUUGUCUACGAAAUGCAACCAACACCCAGGGCAAGGCCAUCGUCUCGUCAGCGAAGUAUCAGUGGGGUUGGCCCCGAGCAAGAGGGCUCGCCAUCAGAUGCUGCGAGGUAUCCAGAGUUUGGGAGAAACGGGAGACCAAGCAGCUCUAUGGGGCGCAAAUUCGGUGAUGGUAUCAAACGCCGCUUCGGCAGCUUGAGAAAGAACAAGAAGCCCACUUAAGAGUGAAGUGUUUAAGACGCAUUGCAUCUAUAUCGGCUCCUAUAGCCGUUCACUCUUCAGUUGGCUUCUAUGCCAUGAGAUGUGCUUUAUAGGUGCCCUUGGAGUUCAUCUCACUGCCAGGCACCAGCGGGGUCAUGGCUUCAGUACCGUCACUUAGGCGCGGGGAAGAGGGCGGGGUAGGCAAGUGAAGAAAUUAUUGGGAUAUGGGAUCGGAACAUUCUUUCCUACGUGGCACUCACUCAUAUUCGCACCCACCCGUCGCGAUGUACGAUUAGUGAUGGGUUGUGGCGCGAGUGAGACAAUAUGAGAAGAAGCCACGCCACGUUGCUUUUAGAGCUGGUCAGCUGGAAUUAUUUGAGCAUUCUUGAAAGUCCGCGGGCAAUUGUAUUAAUAUUAGUAUAGCGCUUGAUUAAAUAAAUUUGAAAAGAGCCAUAGCGGCAGUAAACAAUAAGUUCCAUAACG